GCCAGAAAUGACUCAGUGAUGGUUUGUUGCGGCCCAUACAACCGUUGCGUCAAUGUUCAAUGCAGCCCAGUGCUCCGUGGUAUUAUCUGUUGUUGUUCCUCUCACUCCAGGUUUGAGAGGAGUAGACUGCAGUACAUGAUGUCCAACUCCCAGCACCUUCCUCACCCCCUCACCACCUCCACUCCUCACAAACCUCACCUCACAGGGCACCCUUCAUCAGCCGCUAGCAACCAUCUGCUCACCAGUGUUCGCAGUGAACUGGAUCGCUCCAUUAGCAAACAUCUCGCCUCCAGUGGCAGAGUGCCAGCUACAGUUCGUGCCUCAAGGUCCAGUGGUGAGGGACGCGCACUCCCGACAAGGUCACACCUGGACUCCAUUAGAAGAAACUACCACAUCUAACACUACACAACACCCUCUUCACCAUACACACGUCUUAUAGCUUAUGUACCCGCAUUUGCUGCAUCAAUGUACAGGGCGAAUUUCAAUAAAAUAUCCAUUGGAAUUUUUAAAAUAAAGUGAUAAGGAUGGGAAGUAUGACAUUUCUAGAGAGAAGAGAGGGAGAAAGAUGGACACAAUCUUCAAGCCCAAGUCCAGCACUACCAGAGUCUUGAUGGGUAUACAGCUGGUCUGGGGCCAACAGUCAAUUCUACAGCACAGUUCUCCACGUGUUAUCUUCCUAUGAUGGUCCCGACGACCACCGCAGCUCCGAGGCCCAGAGCCGUCACUAAUAGACUGGCCUUCGUGUUGUAGUCGGAUUUGCAAUCUUCCACUGCAGUUCCCGCAGCCGGCUUCACUUGCUUUAGGUUUGUACCGUAAAGGACACCCGACUGUGUGAGGGGGGAGGAGGGGGAGGGGAUGGGAACAGUCAGUAUUCAGUGUUUGAAUGAGUUAUUCACAAGGAUAGAACUAUUCACAAGGAUAGAACUAUUCAACUACAUUCAAAUGAGCACACAGCAAGGGGCUGGCUCCACCAAGACCCUCUCUGUACAAGAACUACAUGGAUACCAGAUUUUCUAGCUGAUAAAGCUCCCAGGUUGCAACCAGCUGCAACAGCUGGCGGGUGUCACUUUCAAAAUGGCCGCCUUCACUGGCCUAAAAACGAAGGUUUUGCUGUUUGUGCAGUUUGAAAAACGGGGCGGAGCGACUGGAAUAGAUUGGCUCUGGUUGACCCAUUUUCUAGCUAGCUAGCGAGCAGAACUUACAAAGCCGCCGCGUUCCACGACCCAGGGUACUGCGUUCUCUCUCAGAAAGGCAGUUAGCCAUCCAAUGACGCUGUCGAUCUUCUCGCUCUCUUUGCCUUCUUCGUCGCAAAUCCUCUUGCACAGGUAGUAAGCCGCCACGAAGAGGGACACUAACCGUCCCCAGUUCUGCGGCUCUUCCCAGAUUGUCGCUAGCGCUUCUCUCACGUUGGAGUAAAGAUGCUCGUCGCCGACGUCCACCUUCAUGCAGACUUGCUCUAUCUCCACUCCGUGCUGGUUCAUAAUGUACUGGCAGCCGUAGACGAUUUGCAUUCUUGCUUGCUGGAAGGGCGGCUCGUGAAGACAUCGUACCGCGUUCGUUUCCACUUCUUUCAGCUGACCGGGGAGAACUCCCGUGUAGCCGUUCACCGGCAUCCCUUUCUCCUUCAGUAGGUACUCUACCACGUCCCUGGCGAGGAACUCUGCCUGUACUACGGCUGGGUCGUCGCUCAUUCUUCUCCCUCCUGCCAGUGGGCUCGCUGCUGUUGCCGUUCGCUUGUUCAGUUUCGGCGACGCUCGCUGACGAUGCUUACGCACAGAACGGGGCGAGUGGGUGAGGGCGCAAUAAGCCAAUGACUUGCCGGCCAUAAAAAUUUUUCGCAGUUGGUU